AUGGCGAUUUUUUCAUCCUUAGCUGGCUUCUUCCAGCGAAACAAGCGGAGGAUAUUUAUUACCAGUGCCGUGACGCUAUCAGUCUACUUGAUCGUCAAUGAGUUUGUGAUCAAGAAGUUUAGAAACUACCAGAAUGCUUUGAGGCAGGAGUUGAUGUUUAAACAGCAGAUCAAGCAGCGGUUUAUCCAGACACAACAGGACUGCUACUAUACUAUUCUUGCGCUACUUCCAGUUUUAGCAGGCCCGAUAAUCGACGCGCUGCCCGUGGAGCUCAUUACUCAGGCCUUGAAGUUGAAAAAGGGCCAACAACCACCACAGAAUGUGCCCGCGCCGGCACAAGCUGCACCCAACGGCCAUAACAGCGAGCUCACCGCCGAUAAUCUCAAUCUCUUAGACAACAACAACAACCCGGAGUCGAAAUUGUCAUUCUACAUGAACAAGAGCAAAGUCGAGUUGUGGGACUUGCUCAAGAUCAAAACCAUUACUCGGACUUUGACAUUGAUGUACGCAACCUCGGGUUUACUCUUGGUGACCAGGUUGCAGUUGAAUAUCUUGGCAAGAAGAUCGUACUUGGAGUCGGCGAUUUUGAUGGCUGGGGUCAAGCAUCCAAAUAACGAUAUCGAUCCUCACGAAAACUACAUCAUCGAACAGAGCUACCUCUCGUUGAGUUGGUGGUUGCUCAACAAAGGGUGGGUCAAUAUAAGCUCGUUAAUCGAGGCCAUAGUGGUGAACAAGUUUGAGAAAAUCACUCCCAAGACCGAGAUUGGCCUUGUGGAAUUUGAAGUGAUCUUGUCGGACAUUAUUGGCGAAAUCAACACCAACAACAAGGAGUUGAUCUUGGCCAAUUUGUUCCCCAUCAACUAUCCAGACUUGUUAGAGACAGUAUUAAAUACCAAUCCAGACUUGAUUCACCAUUUGGACAUUCCCGACUCAAACUUGACAAAACUCAUAAACGAAACCAACUCAAUCAUGUUGGACAAUAACUUGUACUUUUUCGAUUUGUUCAACUCCUUGGUGAUGACUGACUUGCACAUUUUGACCACCAAUCUUUCCACUAGUUUGGCCAACACGUCAAACAGUCUAGUGAUGUCUGGAACAUUACCGGAAAAAUCUCCCAAAAUCACAGAGAUACCCAUUAGAACUUUCAAGUUAGCCAGCUUUUUGGCGCAGCUUUCAGUUCAAAAUGGAAUUAUGGCCAAUAAUAAUGAACCUAGAGACGAAGAAGAAAACGAUGAAGAUGAUAUUGAGAAUAUCUUGAACAAUCUAAACAACAUGCAAGGAGGAGGAAUGAGCAGCAAUAGCUCUGAUGAACUAGCAGGCAAUGCUUAUAUCAACACGUUACAUAAAUUGGAUGAAUUAGAUGAUUUCAGCGCAGGUAUAUAUUCAAACUUUGAAUGA